CGAUGAUUCAUCACACAUUCGUUGUUGCGGUUGUUGGCGACACACAUCCCACGCGCACACUUUGCCAACCCAACCGACCACACCGACCAAGCAGGCAAACAACCACAGGACAACAGUGCUUCGCUUGUUCCACCACUGCCGCGAUGGAGAUUGACCCUGUGCUGUGGGUGCUGAUGGCUGCCAUUGUCAUUGGCAACAUUGUCGUGACUUUUGUGGGCGCUCGCAAGGGCUGGUUCCACUGGGAACACUGUACACAGCAUGCCAUUGGACACACCACGGGUCCACACCCGGGCAUUCUUCUCUUCACCCGCCUCGUCUCCUUCCUGUUUGCUGCCACCGUGCUCAUCAUGAUCCUUGUUGAUACCCCCGAGGGCCAGGGCUUCAAGUUCUACACGAUUUGGAACUUUACGUUGUUGGUCGUGUUCUUCUUCCUUGCGUUGAGCCAAAGCAUCCGCGCCGCCCUUCGCGGCUACCUCCUGUCCGAGGUGGCUCACGUCUCCUUCUUCGACCGCGCAACCUUUGUCCUCUUCCAGGUGUGCAUGACAAUGGCCAUUCUCGUAGAUGUGGUUCUGUGGACGGUGCUGUAUCCCACGGCCAAGAACAAGUCCGACGAGAGCUGCUGCGAGCAGUUUAUCAACUUCUUCAGCAUCGUCGUGCACGGCAUCAACCUGGUGCUGAUGCUGGUGGAGUUGGGGCUGAACCGCAUGGUGUUCGUGCACGCACACGCGACGUUCAUCGUCUACUGGCUCAUCGCUUAUGGCGUCUUCGAAUGGGCGUAUGUUGCGUCGACGGGCGAUGAUCCCGUGUACUUCUUCCUCGACACCUCCAAGAAGAUUGCGCCCGCAUGGUAUGCGGGCAUGUUUGCGCUGCACGUUGUGUUCUUCUACAUUGCGUUUGGGCUGACGUACCUCAAGCGCAAGUGCUGCGGCAUCCAAGAGCGCCAAAAUGCAGAGUACUCAUAUCUGCUCAGCACGACGGAGAGCGUUGCAUGAUGUGAUGCAUCCCACAACUUCAGACACGUGGCGUGUCACCUCGUUACGUUACUCCCCCCCCCCCCAACUCGCGGUUUUGACACUCGUGUGCUGAUUUGGU